CAUGACUUGACAGGGGCCUGGGUUCAUAUUUCUUUGACAGAAUACCUGCUACUGCGGUUUAUUCUCAGCUUUCAGCUUUCACCCCUCAAAGACCCUUGGUUUCUCACUUCCAAGCGGGGUUAUUCUGCCCAAAGCGGCCCCCGCCACCAUGAGCGCGAUCCUAUCGGCAGACGAUUUGAACGAUUUCAUUUCGCCUGGGGUUGCGUGUAUCAAGCCCGUUGAAUCCCUUCCACAAAAGAGCACAAAGGACACAGAGAAUCCUUACGAAGUGACAACGGAAGACAAAGUCCAGCCCGAAACCCUCCCCACAGCCCAGAUUUCUUUGACAGAUUGUCUUGCCUGCUCAGGCUGUGUGACCUCGGCGGAGGCGGUUUUGAUUUCUUUGCAAUCUCAUGCAGAGGUUCUCAAUACCCUCGAUGCACACACAGAAAUUCCAUUGGUGCAAGAGCAGCAUGGGACCGCGCUCGCAGAUACUGGAAACUCAGGGGAAGGCAAGAUCUUUGUUGCCAGUGUGAGCCCGCAGGUCAGAGCUGGUCUGGCCGCCACCUAUGGUUUGUCGGAGAAGGAAGCGGGGUACAUGAUUGAUCAGUUCCUACGUGGGCCGCAGGGAUUACGCAGCGGUGGAAAGCAUGGCAGUGGUUUUACCUGGGUUGUGGACACAAAUGCCAUGCGGGAGGCCGUGUUGGUCCUCACUGCCGAUGAACUCUCAGAGUCGAUUGCUGAAGGGGCUCCCACCGCUGAUCAGUCUGAGCCUGCUCUUCCUAAACGACCCAUCUUGUCAUCUGCUUGCCCCGGGUGGAUCUGCUACGCGGAAAAGACACAUCCAUUUAUCCUGCCUCAUUUGUCUCGAUUGAAGUCUCCACAGGCUCUUUCAGGCACCUUCCUCAAGACUGUUCUGAGCAAGUCGCUUGGAGUACCGCCGUCUCGCAUCUGGCAUUUGGCGGUCAUGCCAUGUUUUGACAAGAAGCUGGAAGCCAGUCGUGAAGAAUUGACCGAUGUGUCUUGGCAGGCUGAUGUUCAAAACGGGACUGAACCGCACCAGCCUGUCCGCGAUGUAGACUGUGUGAUAACUCCUCGCGAGCUACUCUCUUUGGCUGCAUCCCGAGGUCUUUCCCUGCCUAGCCUCCCCCUCCAUUCACUAUCUCCUACUCACACACCCGCGUUUCCGAUCAAGGCCCUCGAUGCCUUCAUUUCGUCCAAACGCUCGACGGCUGAGCAGUCUCUCGAAACUGGCACUUCUGGAGGUUACCUCUAUCAUGUUCUCAAGACUUUCCAAGCUCGGAACCCUGGCAGCGAAAUUGUGACAAACCGGGGUCGCAAUGCGGAUGUUGUCGAGUAUGUCCUCAACUCGCAGGAAGGACAGCCUAUUUUGAAAGCGGCUCGUUACUAUGGCUUCCGAAACAUUCAAAAUCUGGUUCGGAAAUUGAAGCCCAGCCGAUCCUCCCGAAUGCCGGGAGCGAAGCCUGUGGCGGCGGGACGGCGUCAACCCAUAUCCCGCAAUGCUACGUCAGGCGGGUCAGGCUCGGAUUACGCAUAUGUCGAGGUGAUGGCUUGCCCUGGUGGCUGCACCAAUGGCGGUGGACAGAUUCGGGUGGAGGAUGCUAGGGAGGCUUCUGCCAGUUCUGCAAUGGCUGGGCCAUCGGAAAAUGGUGUGGCGUCUAAGCCUUCUCCACAUGAGCAGCGGGUUUGGCUUGCCCGGGUGGAUGAGGCAUACUUCUCCAUGGAAUCUGACGCGGAGUCUGAACCUGAUCACCAGCCCCAUCAACUUUCGAUAAGCGAGAAAGAGGCCCAGAUCCACGAGAGCUUGCGGUGCUGGUCCGAGUAUAUGGAUCUGCCCCUUUCAAAGCUGGUAUAUACAACCUAUCGCAAAGUGGAGAGUGAUGUCGGCAAAGACCAGACCGCCGCCAAUGACACGACUAAAGUGGUCGAGCUUGCCGGGAAGAUCGGCGGUGGCUGGUAA